AUGGCGAGCGGUUCCAAGAGACAACGAGGCUCAGGGUCACCUCAUCGCGAGAGCCACGUGAAACGGACGCGUCGCCUUUCUUCCAGCGCCUCUGUUCACUCACAGCGAAAGUCCGCCAGCCAGCAGCCUCCUCGAGCUAAGUCGGUCUUCCGCGGCGACAGAGACCCAUACCUCCCGAAAGGCAACAGCAGUGCAACAUUUUUGCCAACCAGCGACGACUGGACUUUUCGCGUCAAGGUCAUCUCCUCGUCAACAGACCUGGACAACGAUGUAUUCAAGAGAGCCGUCCAGGGUCUCGUCAAGAUAUGUUUCCCUGAAAAGGUACUUGAAGAGCUGGGAAUUCAGGUUCUCGAGGAUAACAUGCGUCACGAAAAGGCACCAGAGGCCAACAUUACCAAAAUGGUAGAGAUCUUCAGAUCAGAGAUGGUCCACCGAGUUGUGUGGAUGUUGGCUGAAUACCUGGACACCUCGUCUAAAGUCGAUGCAACCGUUUCGUCCAUCAUGGCAGCUAGUGCCAAGCUUCACGGCGAGAACGUUGGGGAUGACGUGUUGGGCUAUGUGAUAGACAGCUUGAAUCGCCUGAGGAGCCGGGUUCCAUGCAAUUCAACAGAGCUACUGGCCAACGGCGAAGGUCUGAAAGAGUCAACAGAAGACAAAAAUGCAAUCCUGGAUAGCGAGGCCUCAACUGCAGUCGAAGAUGAUGCUGCCAAAAGUUCCGACGAGUCGUCUGAAGAGGAACCUGCGCCGCCCCGCAAGAAAGGCAAGAGACGCAAGAAAGAUAAGUCACGCAAGCGACUGCAGGAGCAAGACCAUGCAGCUCAAGGUACAGAGACGGAGAUGGACACUCCCGUAGCUCCAGCUGAAUCGGUUGUGCAAUCUCAAGAAGAGCAACCGCCGGACGACAAGGAGAAGAAGGUGUCGUCUACAUGGCGUUGGGAUAUCGACCCCGAAAAUCUUAGUCGCGACGCAAUACUUGAUGUCUUUAAGCGCACUACCGAUCUUUUUGCGUUCCAUGCGUUACCUAUUGCGCAGAGACAGUUUGGACUGGAUCCUACGCCAAAGCGUAAAGAACUUCGAAAGAAGAUUCAGUCGAUGUUCGACGACAUGGAGGAUAAGGAUCACGCUAAGUGGGACGACAGUCUCCGGAAGCUGCGCAGUGGCGAUGUGACAAUGCUGGUCCGGACCGAGACACCUUCUAGCUAUCGGCACCGCAACACCGCAACACCGGCACCCAUUACAAGGGUAGCUGCAGGCAGAUCUAGUACCGCAAACAAACCGCAAGACAUCGUUGGCUUGCCAGAUUCAGACGAGAUUCUCAUCAAACGCGAAGCUACUGCUAAUGAUGAAGUGGUAGUAGAAGCCUCAGGGACCGAAGCUCGGUCUCAUGAAGGCCGGUUCACAGCGACCGCUACUACCUUCCAGCAACUAUCUACUAAGGAGAGGGUAGCCUUGGCUGGGAAGAACGGCUCUCAUGACGCUGGAGGUCACGAUCUCGCGACUGAAGCUAAGGCUCCCCAGAAAAGACCCCAAACUCCAAUCGUCGACUUCCUAAUAGGGCACAGUCAAAUCAACUUGCAGGAUUUCAAAGAUUCAGUGUAUAUGAUUAUGGAGAGAUUGUUCGAGCGGAUAUCUGAUAAAUCGAUCAACUCGAUCAACGUGGUGCAACAUGACGGUACCAUCAAAACUAUCACGCGGUUCUCACUACAAGUCAGACUUAUGGCAUGCAUACCUAAUCCCAAAUCCAAGUGGUUUCCCGAGCAGUCGAGAAUGAUGUUGGAAGAAAACUUAAUUCCUUGGGUAUUAGCGAACUUUUUCAACUUCGUAGAGUUGAAGCAGCAUGAGUUCUUCUUUACUCAUAUCAAACCUAUUCUAUCAACUGUGGUUGACAGUGUGUGUGAUCGGCGCAUGAGUCUCGACAAAGAGUCCUCUUCCAUUACCAGAGCCACUAUGACCUUAUCGUUGCACCAACGCGGCCUUUCAAUGAGGACUAUUUGUGGACGCAAGAAUACGGUAUUUCAGGAUUACUUGAACGGGAUCGUCGGUGAUCAUAAUUGCGACAACAACACGAGACGGCACAGACUCGACAGAGUGCUGCGUUCUGUUGCAUUCAUACACAGAGAAAAGUUCCCCGAGCUCAAGUCUUCGGCUUUGGUUAAAGAAUGGGAACGUCUGACUGGCCUGAAAUGGUGA